ACUUUGGAGUACACUGUUCACGCUGGAAGAAGGCGAACAAGUGUAAUUUAUAUCAAGAGUUGUCCUAGUAGUGUAGAAUUGCAGGUAAAAUGGAUGAGUACCCACAUCCAUUGUUUUUUGAAGCCAGAGAUUUGACAGACAGAGAGAGGGAGAAGCUCAGGAGAUACUUCAACAAAAAAAGAGACUCUGGGGGAGGAGAUUGUGGAACAAUUCAACGGACUGAAGACAACAUCUAUAAAGUGUGCUUCAAGGAAAGAGAAGAUCAGGAAAGGGUUUUGCAGAGGAAGUUUCACACAGUCAGUCUUCCUGGUGGGGAGCUACGUUUGACGGUGAGCCGAGCCAGUACGCCCCAGAACUCUGAUCAGCCAUCGACAAGCCAGGCUCAGGUAUUUACAAAGGCAAACACAAAAACUCUUGAGAAGAGACAGCGCUUGGAUGUUUUCCUCAUAUACUACCUGAGAGACAACCCUAAAGCGUCCAAAUUACUAGGAAAGCAACUCUCUGCAGUCGGCUGCACAUUUGAGUUAGAUUUUGACGAAGAAGAGGUAGUCAUAAGGGGCGAUAUUGAGAAGGGGCCUGGAGGAGCUUUUGGUGGUACUGCAGAGAAAUGGGAGCAACAGGUGGAUCUGGUCUUUGUCGAGUUCACAGAGCGCUUCUCCUGUCAUCAUGUGUUUGAGCCAAAACAAGUUAAAAUGCUUCUACAGGACCACUCCUUGGCAGCUGAUGAUGUAAAAGUAUACCCAGAGAGUGGUUAUGCUGUGGUAGUGGGAGAUGUUCAGGUUGUAAAUGCAAGGAUUGAAACUCUGACGAGGAGCGUGUCGACCAGCAGGGAGGUGCCUGUUGUGCAGAAGCAGUUUAAUCUGGUCGAAGAAGAGUUUAGUCGAGAAAUGCGUGCAAAUUAUCCAGAGGUUAAAAUCACCAGGGGCAGUGCCAUGAUCAUCUUGGAAGGACCCGACAAGGAGGUGCAGUUGGGAGAAACAAAACUUAAUGAAUUGAUCAAGAGGAUAAAAGAAAAGAGACUUCAGCUUCCUACAGAUUUAAUAACCUUCAUAAGACUCAGUAGUGCCAUCUCAAAGUACCAAGCACGCUUCAAGCAGAGCCUCAGGCAUCCGGUUUCCCUACAGGUGGGUUCAGACCUGCUUCUUUCUAGUCUGUCCUCUGAUGCCUUGGAUGAGGCUGAGGCAGCAGUGAUGAGAGAUCUGAAUGUGGAGAGUGUGAACCUACAGGGUGCUGCAGCCGUACCUCCAGAUCUGGACAGAGUGAAAGAAAUUCUCAACAAAGCCAAAGACAAAGAAAACUCUGGUGAACUUAGAGUAGAUGUGAAAUUCAUCCCAGGAUCCAGUGGAACUGCUGUUACCAAGGUCCAACUAGUGGGCUACAGCGUGAAUGUGAAAAAGCUCAAAGAUGUUCUUCAUGACUAUAUGAUCAAUCAGGUUGAGACUCAAGAAUUUCUGAAUCUGCCGCAGCCUGAGCUAGUUGACUGUUUUGAUCGAAUCUUACAACUGAUUCCCAUGAAGCAGACCAAGGCGAUGUUAAAAGCUUCACAGUUUCCCAGUCCUUGCGUAAUUGUGUCUGGUCCCCGUUGUCAUGUUCAGGAGGCCAAGCAAGCCCUCACGUCUGCUCUCGGCAGUCUCAUAACAGAUACUUUGGUUCUCGAUGGACCAGGAGCUCAGCGCUUCUUCCAGACAGAUGGUAAAGAGAGUAAGGAGCUGGUAGAGAGUUCUUUCCAGGUCCUUAUCAGAGAAAAGAAAGAUGUUCACUCCCCACGUGUCAAUGUCAUGCCUCAACUACAAAGCCUCCCCUGCAGGAUCAAACCCAGAGGCCAUUCCCUCCGUUUUGGGAGCAUUGCAGUCAACAAAAUGAACCUAAAUAUCAAAAUUGGGAGUUUAGAACACGAACAGGGGAAUGUUUUGGUGGUCCCCAUGCUCAACAAGCAGCUGACUUCUACAAAUGUUGGUACCUGUCUGUUAAAUAAAGCAGGAAACGCAGUGAAGUCAAGGUUUGACUCAGUGGUAGCGAACCAUACCCUCGCCCCUGGUGACGUUAUGCAGGUCGAUGCGCCUCCAUCUCUAGGAUGCACCAAGAUCUUCUUCAUUGAGUGCUUGCCUUGGGAUGGAUUAAGAGGAAAUAGUGCCCAGGCUCUUGGUAAUGGGCUGAGGAAGUGCCUGGACCUCUGUGCACAUCAGGGCUUGAAGUCAGUGGCCUUUCCGAUUAUUGGCCCUGGAAUUGUGUUAAAGUUUCCUCUGAGAGGAGCCAUCGAAGUACUAACCGAGAGCAUCCGACAGUUUGGGUUAUCUACAUCAACUGGGUCUCUCUCUGCCAUUCACAUCGUCAUUAAACCUGGCUAUCCUGACUCUGAGGAGUGCUACCAUGAUGUCUACAAAUACCUCAGCUUGAACAUGAACCAAGGAGACCAAGUAAUCUUCGGGUCCCUCACCAGUGACCUUGACAAUGUCACCAUGGCAGUGGGGGGUGGGGUUGACCUACAUGUGGUGUUCGGUGACAUCACUAAUGAGACUACAGAUGUGGUGGUGAACACGACCGACUUCAAAAAUUUUAACUAUGAUGGGGUGUGCAAAGACAUCUUAACCGUAGCUGGACCACAGAUGGAAAAUGAACUGAGAGCAGCAAACGUGAACCGAGGAGACAUUAUUGUAUCCAAGCCAGGAAACUUCCCCUGUAAAAGCAUUUUCCAUGUGUGCGGAGAAAAGGAUGCAGGCUUAAUUGAAGAACUUGUGUGUAAAAUCAUUGACUAUUGUGAAAAACGUCAUUUCCAGUCCGUCGCUAUCCCUGCCAUCUGUGCUGGAGUUGGUGGGUUGGACCCUGGUGUUGUGGCAGGCGCCAUUCUCAGAGGAAUCAAGACAGCGACAUCGUCCACUUCUCCACAUCUCCGCAACAUCCGCCUGGUCCUCAUUAAGAUCAAUGUCUUCUUGGCUUUUAAAGAGGAAGCUAUGCAGGCAUUUGCCACUGCCGCAGUAAAAACAGUACCUCAGUUCUCUCAUCAUCAACAACAACAACAACAACAACAGUCGCCACAGUCUCUAAUCACAGAUCUAAGCUUUCUUCAGACCAGCUCCACAAGUCAGAAGUCCGUCUUCAUGUUCCUGGGCUUUUUAAGGAAGGACAUUGACGAUGCCAUGGCAAAGCUGAAAAGCCUGUAUCAGACACAGUACUCCAGUAAAACUUUCAGAAAGGAGGAGCUGGAAGGCCUCACCCAGGAUGACAUGGAGGAUCUGAAACAACUAGUGGAGAAUGAGGGUCUGUAUAUGAAGACAGACCAGUCUGGCAGCUUAACUGUGAGCGGGUUAAAAGAUGGCGUCACCAAUGUGUUGCAGAAGUUUAGUGUGUUUCAGCAGGACAUCCUCAGGAGGGCCGUGAUAUCCAAGGAGGAGGAGGAAUUGUACAACCGCGUGGUUUGGUGCCUCCUAGGAUAUACCGGCAACUGGGAAAGACUUCCCAAAACAGCCAAUCACAAGCUGGAAAACAAGGAUAUAGCAGAAGGGAUAUUUGACGCACUGGGAACCUUGUUGACCGUGGAUCUACAGAAGAUGGAGGCCACAAGAAACCCAGGAGGACAGAUAGUGAUGCUGAAACGACUUGAGAAUCUGCCAGACUUCACCUUCCCUCUGUACUGGGACGACAUGGCUCCUGGUGAAGUCAUGAAGAAAGUGCCACUGGUGCAAUCUUCGGCAGAAUUCAAGACAGUGAAGGAGGCCUUCAAAAGAACUGUCACCAAGACAGUAGUGAAGAUUGAGCGUUUGCAGAACAUUCAUCUGCGUCGUGCCUAUGAAGCACAGAAGAAUCAUAUUUCUCACAAGAACGCAACUGAGGGCGGAGCACAUGAAAAGAUGCUGUACCACGGGACGACCGAGGACAACUGUAACUCCAUCAUGAAAACUGGGUUCAACAGGAAUUUUGCUGGGCAAAAUGCCACUGUAUAUGGUUGUGGAACCUACUUUGCAGUAAACGCCAACUACUCAGCCCAGCCCACCUACUCCAGGCCAGCUGCUGAUGGUUCUCAGUUAAUGUUUGUGGCACGAGUCUUGACGGGCAUCCACACUCAGGGCCAAAGCAACAUGAGGAUGCCUCCACCUCGCGACAGCCAGCAGCCACAUGACCGUUACGACAGCGUGGUGGACCGAAUGGACAACCCCAGCAUGUAUGUUGUGUUCCAUGAUAGCCAAGCUUACCCUGACUACCUCAUCACCUUCAAGUGACAAUGAGGGGAAUGUCACAUAUAGACCCCUUCACAACUUGUAAACAGAGUGAUGCAUUGUGAGGGGCGGGGCUUAGUUGGAGCUUGCAAAUGUCAGUUAUCAUACUCCAGCAGACCGUUUUUGGAAAGAAUGGACAUAUUUUAUAGAAUAUACUAAUUUACCCCAUAAGGGGUCUAUUUUAAACUGGGAAAGUUUAUUGCAGAAAGUGUAAAACGUACACAAAAAUCUUAGAAAACAAACUCAGAGAACUUCUGUUUAUUACAUGUAGGUAAGUUUACUUGUUUAUAUUAAUCACAAUGUAGUAAUGAGUUUUAGAAAUUAAAUGUGAUUUGAAAUGGUGAAAAUCCAGUUUAAUUCAAAGUCAUGGCAAGAUGUUACUUUCAUAAAUGAGCAUGUUUCUCUAAUUGCACUUUUCAGAUUGCUAAAUGCACUUUUUUGAGGAAGAACUCACAUACGUUCACACUGAGGUAACAUUCACAAAAAGAUGCAGUUCUUAGCCUUUUAUUUGGUCUACUUGUUGAUUUAUUGACAGAAAGUUAAUAAAGUUGAGUAAAAAAAAAAUUAAAACAGUUGCAAAGACAUAGAAAUUUGCGGUGUUGAGGCUCCUGCAAUGCUUUUUCUGUAAUGGUAAUAUUUGAUGGCAAUAAAAUGUGUAAUUAAAAUAUGUACUGUGAUAUUUGUGGUGUAAGUGUAUGAAAGGAGUGUUUUGCCAGUUGUGAUGAUGUUUCCAAAGGGGAACACAUGGUGAGUGAAUGUCAAAAUGCUGCAAGAACACUUCCUCAAAAGCACAACCAAACCAAAAUAGUUCCCGUUCCAGCAGCAGAUCAAGGCAUGACAAUAUCACACUGUCUUCCCAGCUAACGCUAGUAACAUUAGCUAACAGCCCUCACAUUGGACAGAAGUAUCCAAAAAAAACAAAAAAACAAAACAAACAAA